AUGGCGGGGGCCGGACACCCGCUUCCCCGCCUCCUCACAACCGAGCCGCCGCCGCCGCGCCGCCGGGCCCGGGGACCGGGAGGGGGCCCGCUGCUAGCUAGAGUCAGCUGCAAAAUUAGAACCCAGAUUCUGGUUCCUUAUGAAGUGUGGUUUCCACAGUUUCAGCAACAGAGCUGGGAUUACAGGCAUGAGCCACUGGGCCUGGCCAAGCUCUGUAACUUUCACGUACACAAAAGUACAUUUCAGUUCUCAACUCCUUAUCUAAAAAGACAGUUUGGAGACCAAGACACUGUUUCUGGUUUCCUGUGGGGUGGCAUAGUGGAGCUUAACAAGAAACACCAUCCCAAUUUCCUGAUGGUGGAGAAGCAUACAACCAUCAGUGAGAUCAAAGACACUUUCCAGCAGUUUCUAAACGGGGACAACAUUGGCAUCAUCCUCAUAAAUCAGUACAUUACAGAGAUGGUGUGGCACACCUUGGAUACCCACUGGCGCUCUAUCCCAGCCGUCCUGGAAAGCCCCUCCAAGGAGCACCUGUAUGACACCCCCAAGGACCUCAUCCUGCAGGGCCAGGGCAUGUUCUCUGCCAAAGACCUGCGCUAG